AAUAAAAUAUUGUGAUAAUUAGAAGUGAAUCUUGAUGAAUAACUCAAAAGAUAGAUGAUGACAGAAUCAAAUUCCCCAUUUCGUAAAUGGUUGCAAAAAUGCAUUAAAGAAAAAUUUGAACAAGAAAUAACUUACAAACUAGAUGAAGAUGUUGACAUUGAAUCAAUUGUUGAUGAAAUAAUCACAACUGAAGACAUAAAACAAUUAGUUCAAGAUUCAAAAAAUUUUGUCAUCAAUGCUAUCAAUAAAACUAAUGACAAGAGUGUAAAAAUUAAUGACAAAUCAGAUGAAUUAGGAACUGGUGGUUCACUUUUAUCUGCAAAUGAUUUAUUCAACGAUGAUUGGAGUCCAUUUAAACCAAAUAGCGAUGAUUUACCUAUCAUUCUGGAUAAUUUAUCAACAAAAAAACCUGUACAUGUGCGAUUGGCUGGUUUUGAAGCUCUCUUAGAUGGAGAAUUAAUAAAUAAUUGUUCUGACGAAGUUUUUAGUGGGCUAAUUACAUCUUUAAGAGAUGGAAUCUCUGACAAUAGUCGGCCUAUUUUUGAAUCAAGCUUAAGAGUCUACUCAAAACUUUUGGAUUCAUCAAGAUCUUACGAUGCAUACACUAAUCUUGUAAACAUUUUUGAUAAUGAAUAUUAUUCUAAAAAAAUUAGUGAAACUCUUCCAAAUUUCAAUAUUGGCAUUAGCUUCAAAAUAUUUCUUCACGAAAAACUUUUCAGAAUUUUGUUUUUGAUCAUCAAACAUCAAAAACGAAUUUUAAAGACUAUGAGAACUGUUGAUAAGACAAUUGAAGAAAUGAUUGAUCAAUUUGUGGUUUUUGUUGCUUCUCAAAAUGUUUCUAAUGCUUUAACAAAGACUUUAAAUGUUCUUAAUUUUAUAUCUGUACUAGAACCACAAGCUAACUGGUCUAAAAAAUGGAUUCAUAACUUUUCUUCUCGUAAGACUUUUAUUUCAGCACUCGCUAAGUCACCUAAUUUAUUAGGAAUGGUCCUAGAUGUGGUAAAGAAAAAUUUGGAUAACCCACCAAGUGUAUUAACUUGUUCAAUAACUGAUGAUCCAUUAAAUUUUUUCAUUUCAAGUGAAACUAUUGAAGCUUUAACGUAUUUUCAUUGCUUGAACUUUCUUGCUCAACUGUACAGCUGUGUAUCUGGACGAAAUUUACUUAGAGAUAUUCAAAUAGAUUUACCAUCUUCGUCAGAAGAUUUUUUAUUUUCACUUGUAGGCUGUUUGAACAACAUGGCAUCAUCAUCAACAGCAUCUAGAGUUGUUUAUAAUGAAACCCAACAAGCUUUAAAGCUUAUUCUAAACCAACCAACGUUUCCAUGUGAUGCUAGACUUUUCCAUAUAGCUUUGAAUCAUUUAUUGAAAUCUAAUAUCAACAAUGGAACUAAUAUUUGGUCGCAUACAGUUGAUAUUUUAAACUUUAUGUUGAUGUCUAAUGAAGGAUUCCAUUUUUUGACGACUGAUUAUCGGAGUAAUUCUGCUAAAAUUGAACAUUCUAAGCCGAACUGUCCAAUAACAAUUAUUUUAAUUAAUACUUCUGAACUUUUACGUCAACCUUUUGCUGUGAUGGAUGUUCAACAGCUUGUUCGAAUCUUCAAAUUUAUUGAAAAUUAUUUUCAAGUGAUUGAAGACUUUAAUAUUGUUGAAGAUGCUAUUACAAAGCAUUUCUUUCCAGCUUUAGAAUUUUUUUAUCACAAAUUAGAUAAAUGUUCUAUUGGAUAUGAAAACUGGACUCAAUCCUUCGAUAAUGCCGCAAAAAAUAUGCUGUUGAAAGUUACUGCAAAUCCUUCAGGACUCCAAUUACUCUCAAAAUGCCCGUCAGUAUUUGAAGAAUUAAUCAGAAGCUCAAUUAAUCCUCUGAGAUACUCAUGGAGCUCCAAUGAAAUUGUUUCUUUCAUUUGCUCAGCAGCAUUCUUUGAAUAUGCUCAAAGAAUUAUUGUAGCUUUAAUUCCUCAGACUUUUUCGAUGUUUCUAACGGAUGUCUGCAGCAACCUAGAAAAUCCAGAUUUAUUCUUUGAUCCAUGGAAUGCUGAAAAUGCUAAAAAAUUCAUUCAUGUUAUUGCUUUAUUAUCUUUAAAUACUGAAUGUUUUAAUAUCUUUAUAAAAGAUUCAAAAGACGGUGCUGCUGAAGAUUAUGAGUAUCCUCGAAGUUUUUGUGAACUUUUAAAUUAUUCACUCCAUGGAGAUUCUCCCUUUCACAGUUUUAGUCUUCUAAUAUUAGAGAAUAUGAUCUGGAAUUUAGAUAUUUUGAUAAAUUUAUUACACCUCUAUGACCUUCAAACUCAAUUACUUCAACUCCAACGAGAAACAGUUUUAGAAGUCAGAAAGUACGAAGAGAAACUUGAAGAUGAAAUGAGUGAAUAUGAAAUGGAAGAGGAAAAAGAUAUCACUAAAGAAAAUGAACCAUUAGAAAACCAAGAAAGGCAUGAAAUAAUAGAAGAAACUCAUAAAGUAUAUGAGAUUAAUGAAUCUUCUUUUAUUCGUCAUAGAAUACUUGUCAAUUCUUAUUAUAUAAAACACAAAUUAAAUAAAAAAUUUCAAGUGCCUGAGCAAGUAAAACUUUUCUAUACAUUCCCACCACCAGAAGAAGAGAUUGAUACAAAGAAAUUAAUGCGAUUAAAUUCAACAUCAGAAUUGGACGAAUUUCUAAAUGAAAGUGGACCAGGACUAAGAGACAGUGGAUGGGUUUCUCAAUUAAAAAGGGCUUAUAGAAGCUCUCAAACUUCAAUAAAGCAUUCAACAUUAAUACAUCUUCUCGAUCAAAUGGAAAAAGCUAUUCCCACUGUUGAAUGGGUAGAUAUUUUUCAAUGGGACAAUAAACUUAUGACAGAAUACUUUUGGCUCCCAGAAGAAGAACUUGGACUUGAACUGGCUAUUAGAUAUGCUGAAGAAAAUUGUGAGGAACUUGAAAAUCCAUCAGAAGCAAAAGAAAAUUUAAAAAAAGUUUUCGAAAUGGUUCAUACGUAUAUUAAAUUUGAAAAAAUGAGAAAAUUUGAAGGCUUUGAUUGGUUUCUUGCUACUAUUUUUGUUAUCUGUAAUGGAGACAUUGAAAAAUGUAAACAGUUUAUAUCACAAUUGGUUCGAUUUCCAUCAGCAGUUUUCAUGUGGAGAGCCUUAGGAUCGGUAGUUGAUCAAGCUAAUGAGGAAGAAGUUGCCACACAAAUAAUUGUUGCUCAACAUAUAGAAUCGAUUAUAAAUAUAGAACUUCCAGCAAUCAGUUAUGCACUUAAAAAUGAAUUUGGCAUCAGAUGGUGGAUUAUUUGUGAUCGAUUACUCACACAAUGUUUCUGGGGUAUUUUAGAAUGGUCAGAAAUUAUGAACUUCUUUAAAGUGUGCAUCUUAAACCCUCCAGAUUAUAUUGUUUAUUAUUGUGUUUCAUUAUUGGAACAUUGUGAGCCAAUCUUGAUGCAAGAUAUUAUUGAUAAAAAAUUUUGGCCUGAAAAUUUGGAUUUAAGCCAGUAUCGAUGUCAUAAUUACUUGGGAUUUAUGGACCGAUUAGCAAAAAAAUAUCAAAAUUCAGUUCUUCCUGCUUUGACACAAAUCAAAUUAAUAAAUGAAGAAUAACUUUAAAAGUUGUAAAUAAU